CUUGCUUUAAAGCAUGAGAGAGGAUUAUGACACGCAAAGGCCCCUGGGUAAGAAGGAAAGUGUUUUAAGAAACGGGAACCAUGAAAUGCCCCGGAAAUGACAGCUGUUUUCUUCUGUUGCUCCAUGUCGGACAGCCGCGUGGUAGCCGAGCGGGACGCCAGAGUCGGCAUGUCACUGUCAAACUGCUGGAGCUGGAAUAAAGGGAAACUACAGAAGGACAGUCAGAGCUGAGAGCUGCUAAACACACAUCAAACACCUGCACAUACACAUACAGACAAAAACACACUCAAAGCGUUCCACACAGGACAAUGUGCAACAUCUCGUUCUGUGAUGUGGACAGUAAGGUGGACCAGUUCUUCCAGCCCACGCUAUACAUCAUAGUCAUCGUUCUGGGACUGCCCACGAACUGCAUGGCCCUGUGGGCUGCCUACAUGCAGGUACGGCAACGCAAUGAGCUCGGCAUCUACCUGAUCAACCUGUCAGUGGCAGACCUCCUCUACAUCACCACUCUUCCUCUGUGGAUCGACUACUUCCUGCAGCACGAUGACUGGAUCCACGGUCAGGAGAGCUGCAAGCUUUUCGGCUUCAUCUUCUACACCAAUAUCUACGUCAGCAUCGCCUUCCUCUGCUGUAUAUCACUGGAUAGGUACCUGGCUGUGGCAUAUCCUCUGCGCUUUGCCAAGGUUCGACGAAUCAAAACAGCUGUCCUGGUCAGCGCCAUGGUGUGGAUAGUUGAGAUCGUAGCCAACUCUGCGCCCCUCUUCCAUGAUGAGCUCUUCCAGGAUCGCUUCAACCACACCUUCUGCUUUGAGAAGUAUCCCAUGCAGGACUGGGUGGCAGGGAUGAACCUCUACAGGACAUUUCUGGGCUUUCUUGCUCCAUGGACGGCCAUGCUUGUGGCCUACCGUGGGAUUUUGGUGGCAGUGCGCUGCAACGUCUCGACGGAGCGCCAGGAAAAGGCCAAAAUUCAGCGUCUGGCACUAAGUCUCAUCCUGAUCGUUUUGCUCUGCUUUGGACCGUACCACAUCCUCCUCCUGGUGCGGAGCGUCAUGUUUCUAAGAAAGCCUUGUGACUGUGGCUCAGAGGAGAACUUGUUUGCGGCGUACCAUGUAUCAUUGGCUCUGACCAGCCUCAACUGCGUCGCCGACCCCAUCUUGUACUGUUUCGUAAACGAGGGGGCUAGGCACGAUGUUGGCCGAGCCCUCUCGGCUUUACUGUCUGCAGCUUGCAAGAGGGGCUCCUCUUCCUCACCAUCGCACGGGGACAUGCUCAACGCCGGUUCAGUGACUAUGGAUACGCCGCUGUCAGCAAAGAAACAGACUUGCGUGUACGCUGAUGGAGCCAAGACAAGCAGCUACAAAACAGAACUGGUGGCUCUGAAGGAGGAGUGUCUACAAAUGACCAUCCUUGGUGUUAGGAAGUGACUUGUAGUGUACUGUGAGAGGACCAAACUGCCUAGCUCAGUGGAUGAAAGAAGCUCCCAACACUGAC